UGAAUGGUCGUUUGUAAGAAGACACACCUUCUGAGGGACCUUGUAGUAGCAGAAGCGAGCGGUGUGUCUUUCUCGCAGUCAGUUGAGGGCGACAGAGGGGAGGCAAGCUUCUCCUGCGUCCCACAUCGCCCCCUUCCACUUCACUUUCCUUUGGCUUUAGACAUCGACUCAAGCGUCUUGUCCCUUUUUUUUUUGGAGAAUCAUGUCUUCACCGAAAUGGACUUAUCUUUUUUGGCUCCAGUCUUGCGGAACGCUUGCUUUCUCAUGGAGUCCACUGUAUCGGGAGUAGUGAAGGAAACAUCUCGCUUCGGCGGCUCUCGGGACGGAGUACAAGCUGUAGACUAGGACACUUCCACACUUUUCCGCUCAUUUGAGACCUUCGUCGAGAUCUUAAGGGAUACUUGGGCAUGGAAAUGCUUCCCACAGAGCUGUCAUGUCUUGGCCGUAGUAAACCUUUACAAAAAAGAAUGAAGUAACCGCAAUGGAGCCGGAUAAUGCCCCGCACUCCAAACUCAGACAGGCUGGAGUCGGGGGGAGAAUCUUAUUUCUCUGCACGGUCCUCUACUGUACUUGCUACCUAGGGUUGGCGCAAGUACAGCCUGAAGAUGUGGAUAUCCUACAAAAGCUGGGUCUGGUGGGAAAAAGACCUUCAUCAGGGACACGAUCCACUUUGUCAGGUGUUAUUCCCUUCAAGUCUGGAGUUAUCCUCACCCAGUGGGUGCGAAUCGAAGUGCCUGUGACCUCUGUGGUGCCAGUCCCAUUGAGCACAGAGUUCUCCUUGAUUUUCAGCAUCUGCUCACAUCGCGUCAAUAAUGCUUUCCUCUUCACCAUUGUGUCCAAGAGGAAGAGACUACAGCUAGGGGUGCAGUUCAUCCCUGGGAAGAUUGUAGUCUACGUUGGCCAAAAGAACUCUGUAUAUUUUGAAUAUGACAUUCAUAAUGGCCAGUGGCACAAUCUGGCUUUGGGCAUUCAGCCCCAAAGGGUCACUUUAUAUACUUCUUGUGGGAAGGCAAGUGUACAUGCAAAUUUACAUUUUAAAAAUGAGGAAACUCUGGAUCCAGAAGGCUCUUUUCUUUUAGGAAAAAUGAGCCAGAACUCGGUGCAGUUUGAGGGAGCCAUCUGCCAGUUCGACUUGCAUCCUUCUGCCAAGGCAGCUCAUAACUAUUGUAAGUACAUUAAAAAACAAUGCAGGGAAGCCGACACUUAUCGAGCAAACCUACCGCCACUUUUACCGCUGCUGCAGCAGGAUCCCAAUAUCUCUUUCACGCUACGGACCCCGAUGACCAUAACUGAGCUUAUCAGCAAGGGUUUUACCCCCACCCUGUCACAGGACAAAACACGGAUUAAUGCUGAAAUCUCAGGAGGACCUAAUAAGUCCAUUCAAACGACAUCCCAGCUUGGUUCCUUGUCUCUGCCUGUGCAUGGAACGGUGCUGCCAAGAUUGUUCAGACCAACUCUGCAGAUUCCCACAAAGGCCAAAACACAGACUGUUACCACCCUCCUUAGGACUAGGGCAUCCCCAAAAUUCCACAAGCCCACUGAACAGAGCAGUCCCAAAAAGGGGAUAACUAUAAAACCCCAUAAAAUAAAAGAUACUUACAUGCCUGUUACAGCAACUCAAAAAAAGUUAGAAAUUGUUCAACCUUCAGCAGUGACCAAACCUUACAGCAUUUUGCCCAAUUCAAAAAGGCAGCUUACUACUACAGCAGUGAAAAGAUCUGUUCCAGAGGUGAGCACCUUAAGGUACUCCAAGUCCAACUCUUUUGUACCUGUCACCCCUGCCACCAUUGAUGGUCUUCAAACAUUUGAUCUGGAACCAACACAGUUUUCCCUCCUGAUGGGACCACCUGGGUCAAAAGGAGAGCCAGGACCAACGGGACCUCAAGGGGAACCUGGGAAGCCAGGAUUACCAGGGAAAAGAGGGCCUCGUGGUCCUCCAGGUCCACAUGGAAACCCAGGUCGCCCAGGACCGAAAGGAUUCAAGGGACGAAAGGGGGACCCUGGACUCUCCCCUGGCAGAGCGCCAAAUGGAGUGAAAGGGGAUCCCGGAACGUUGGGACCACCCGGAUUACCUGGACAAGCAGGUCGCAAAGGGCAAAAAGGUUAUCCUGGUCAACCUGGCCAUCCUGGAGACCCUGGGGUGCAAGGGCCAAAAGGAAACUCGGGUGCCAAAGGUUAUCCUGGCAGGCAGGGUUUGCCUGGGCCAAUAGGAAAUGCAGGACCUAAAGGAGUUCGGGGCUUCAUUGGAAUCCCAGGGCUCUUUGGUCUCCCAGGACCUGAUGGAGAAAGAGGUAUUCCUGGUGUUCCUGGGAAGAAGGGCAAGAUGGGUAGGCCGGGCUUCCCUGGGGAUUUUGGUGAGCGAGGACCACCAGGACCUGACGGAAAUCCAGGAGAACUGGGUCCACCUGGUCCUUGUGGAGUACUUGGCCUUAUUGGGGACAUGGGACCUCUUGGAAUCAUGGGGCUUCCAGGGCCUGAUGGUCCCAAGGGGGUAUCAGGGAAUCCAGGAGAGCCCGGACUGAAAGGUGAUAAGGGUGAGAUCGGUUUGCCAGGAGAGCCUGGAGAGCCUGGAUUCCAAGGUGACAAGGGUAUUCAAGGUUUGCCAGGAAUGCCAGGCAUCCGGGGGAAACCAGGGCCGCAGGGGAAACCUGGAGAUCAUGGGCCAGAUGGUUUGCCCGGCCCUCCAGGCCCAGAGGGAUUUCCAGGUGAUAUCGGACCACCAGGACAGAACGGCCCAGAAGGUCCAAAGGGGAUGUCAGGGGUGAGGGGGAUACCUGGCCCAAGAGGAGCAGCUGGACUUGAGGGUGAUGAAGGACCAGUUGGACCAGCCGGGCCCCUAGGACUGGAGGGUAGGCCUGGGAGGAAGGGAUUCUCUGGAAAACCAGGCGCAGACGGGCCAGAGGGUGAGCCUGGAACAACUGGAAAUGUUGGGAUGCUUGGAGAUAGGGGACUUGAGGGAUUUAAAGGGCCUCCUGGUGAGACUGGGCUUCCUGGAGAAAAGGGAGAUCGGGGAGAAACUGGUCAGCCAGGGCCACCAGGAGAAAAUGGAGCGAUGGGACACAUGGGAACACCAGGGGAGAGAGGACAACCUGGACCACCAGGAACUCCUGGCUCUCCUGGUUCUAGAGGUCUUAGUGGCACUAGAGGACCCAAAGGUAGAAGGGGGCCGAGGGGGCCUGAAGGACCACCUGGGGAGAAUGGGUCAGUGGGUCACAAGGGUCUGGAUGGUCCACCGGGGAAACUGGGUUUCACAGGCCAGAAGGGAAAAAUUGGUGAAACGGGGGAAGCUGGACCACCAGGAUUCCCAGGUGUCCAGGGACCCUCCGGAAUACCAGGAGCAAAGGGAAUCCAAGGAAUGCCUGGACCUUCGGGGCCUCCAGGAACAAUUGGCCCUUUGGGGGAGAUUGGCUUGAUGGGCCCACCAGGAAAAGUUGGGGAAACGGGCUUACUGGGAGAACCUGGAGAGAAGGGAGCUGUUGGGCCUCAUGGGAACGUCGGUGAACCUGGCUUGAUUGGAAUAAGAGGCGAGCAUGGGCUCAGCGGGGAAAGCGGGCAGAAUGGCCCCGACGGAGCCAAGGGUGAAAAGGGGGACAUGGGAGAAGAGGGCGAGCAAGGAGAAAAAGGAGAGAUGGGACUGAAAGGAAAAGAGGGUCCACCUGGAGAGCCUGGACUUGGUGGCAUCAGGGGUCCUGAAGGCAAACCUGGCAUAUCUGGUGAAAAUGGGAAACCAGGAGAGAAGGGUAGCAAAGGUCACCAGGGUCACCUUGGCGAGACUGGAACAGUUGGUGAGCGGGGUCCUGUGGGUUUCCCUGGGCCAAAGGGAAACAGAGGAACCAUCGGAUUUGUGGGUGCACCAGGAAGAAUGGGCCUACAAGGAGAUCCAGGCCUGCAAGGAUAUGAAGGUCACCAGGGACCUCAAGGUCCAAUUGGGCCCCCAGGACCAAAAGGAGCAAAGGGUGAACCAGGGGAUGAUGGGAAGAUUGAAGGCCCUGACGGUCCUGCAGGUGACAUCGGACCGGUUGGUCCAAGAGGAGUCAGAGGAGAACCUGGUGACCCUGGCUACCCAGGUCAGCAAGGUGUAGAUGGCGAAAGGGGCAAACCUGGAGCUCCCGGAUUGCCUGGAAACCAUGGUCCAAGAGGCAUUAUGGGACCCAAAGGGUCUAAAGGCGAUCAAGGCCCAAAAGGCAAAAAGGGUGCUCGAAGUGAACCGGGCAGCAAAGGGCCUCCUGGUCCUGUUGGUCCACCUGGUCCCAGAGGGGUUGUUGGUCGAGAGGGACCUGAGGGACCUUCUGGCAUGGAUGGAGCUCCUGGAAAAGAUGGGCCUAAGGGAAAUCCAGGGGAGCAGGGAAGAGAUGGAGAAGUGGGUUUUCCUGGAAAGACAGGGCCACCUGGCCUAACGGGGCAACCUGGAUUACAAGGAAGUCAAGGUUUCUUCGGACCAAAGGGUGAGAGAGGCCUGCCAGGUGAGAUUGGACCUAUUGGCAAACGUGGAAUGCCUGGAACCAUGGGGAUGCAAGGGAAACUAGGCAGCCAUGGAGUUAAAGGCCAGCCUGGUGAUGCUGGUGAGCGUGGAUUAUCUGGACCUCUUGGAAACUUUGGGCCUAAGGGUCCACCUGGUGAUGUCGGUCCUGCUGGUAUCCAGGGACCACGAGGACCACAGGGUUUGAUGGGAUCAAGAGGUUCCUUCGGACCAGUUGGGAUCAUUGGACCCGAUGGUUAUCCAGGACCUCAAGGGGACAAAGGAAGUCGAGGGGAAAUGGGAGUUCCAGGACCAAGGGGACCUCCAGGUCCAAGUGGCCCACCAGGACCCCCAGGUCCACCUGUUUCUUCUCUGUCUCUUAAGAAUGAGGCUCUUGGUGCUGCUUUUCAAGUCAUAUUUGAUUCCUACUCUGCACUGAGGUCUGAGACAUACUCAGACAUAGACCUUCCCAUGCUGGACCAGGGAACCGAGAUAUUUAAGACCCUUCACUACCUCAGUAACCUGAUCUACAGCAUUAAGAACCCUUUGGGAACACAGGAGAACCCAGCCAGGAUGUGUCGGGACCUGCUGGACUGUGAGCACAGAGUGAACGAUGGCACUUAUUGGAUUGACCCAAACCUGGGCUGCUCCUCUGACACAAUUGAAGCCACCUGCAACUUUACAGGGGGAGGUCAGACCUGCCUAAGGCCGAUUACUACAUCCAAGUUGGACAUGGGUGUAGGUGUGAUCCAGAUGAACUUUAUUCACCUGCUGAGCUCAGAGGCAGUGCAGCUUCUCACCAUCCACUGUCUGAACAUGUCUGUGUGGGCAGAGGGUGCAGCCAACCCACCGUCUUACAAUGCUGUGAGCUUCAAGGCCUGGAACGGAGAGAUAAUCGAGGCGAGAGGAUUCAUUCAGCCUAUACUGCUAAAAGAUGAAUGCUGGUUGAGAGAUGGUCGGUGGCAUCAGACGCAGUUCCUUUUCCAGACCCAGGAGACCAACCUGUUGCCUAUAGUCGAUGUGCUGAACCUCCCAAACAAAAAGCCAGGCUUUAAUUAUCACCUGGAAGUAGGACCUGUAUGCUUCAUAUAGGGCACAGAAGGAAAGAACAGAGAGGAGUUAGAACUUAGCUUUGUGCUCUGAGAAUUCUUGGGGAGGGUCUCACUGCUCAGGCCUGGACUGCAGACUCAACAUGGUGGAUAAUGAGAUCCAGAGAAUCUUGAAAGUAAACAAGACUCCUCAAGCUGGGGGUUUAAUGGACAAAAAAGCUCUUUUCUUUAAAGGACUACUUUUUUCUCUUCAACUAAUUUUUUAAAGAAGACUUUAAGAAACUUUGAGUGAUCAGUCUCAAGCUGCCAAAAGAGUUAAUUUAUUCACACAUUUGUGCUUCGCGCACAAGAUUUCCCGUUACAAAUAGGUGCCGAAGUGUAAGUUCAACACAUAUUUGCAUUUACAGUACUCAUUUUGUAUCAGUUUUUUACACAUGAACAUAUGUAUUUAUAUGUGUAUGUAUAUUUUUUUGUAAAGUGCAAUGUGAGAAAGAUUUUGUUGUAUAAAGGUGAAUCCUAUAUUUGGCUGUUCUAGUGAAUUAAGGUUUACUGUCACUCAUAUUGACUUUUCUUCAGGUUUGGUGCAGAAUUGUGUCUGUAUGUGUCUCUCUCUGUCUGUAGGUCUCGUUUUAAUGACUUACUCGGUGGAUUAUACAGUCCCCUCUGAAAGUGUUGCAACGGCAAAGCUAAACUUUUUUUUUUUUACUACACACUGAAGGCAUUUUGGUUUGAGAUAUAUAUAAAAAAAAGAAUGAGACGAUAGAGCUGAAUAUGUUUUACUGAUUUUUACAUCUAGAUUAAAUUAAAACUUGGCACUCUAGGUUUGCAAAAGCGUAUGAACAAACAUUUGACCAGUUUUUUAAGUAAAAAACGCUUUUCCAGGAUUUUAUCACAGUUGUUUUUGUUUUUAGGAGUUUCUUCCUCCUGUCUCUAAGGUCUGCUGAUUGAAUUGUUUAGUGUAAAACAUUCCACUUUUUCCUCUUAAUGAAGCCUUUUUUACGUUAGCAAUGUGUUUUGGUCAUUAUCUUGCACCAUGAAUUUUGUGACAAUUAGAUUGGAUGCAUUUCUCUGUAAAUAAGCAGACAAUGUUUCUGUAGACUUCUGCAUUCUUUCUGCAACCAUCAUGAGUGACAUCAUCAGUGAGUUUUUUUUUCAGACUUGCCUUGUCUUACCCCCAACAUGCUUGACCAGUGAGCUUGUAUGUUUUGGCUUGUCUUUCACUUUGACAGAGGUUUAUUUUGGUUUCAAAAACUUGUGUCUGAUCUCUGUAUAUCAAAUUCCAAAGGGGUUUUCUGAUUCUUACUGCAGAUGAGUGGUUUACAUCUUAUGCUAUGGCCUCAAUAUUUCUGCUUUAAACUGGAUAGUGAUACCGUCAGCCCUUUUUGGUUGUAAGGGAUGUUUUUGGGUUUUUUGGCUAGCUUAUUCAAUGUCAUUUUUUAGGGCAUUUCCUGUAGUUGUCUUGGGUAUGUCCAGUGCUUUUGCAGUGGUUCUGGUUGAAUUUUUUUUUUUUUUUUUUCUUCUCUUUUCUUCAAACUGGAUUUCCAUUAGACAGCUCUCUGGUCUUUAGGCUGGUUCAUCCUUUUUAAACAACAAAUGCAGUGUUCACAGUUUAAAAAGCAGGAUUCACACUGAGAGUAGAUAUUAAGACCUAUCAAAUGUUUCAACAAUCAGUGCCUAGACAUCAAGAAGCACUUUUUUUUUUUUUUAAUCACUUGAUUACAGAUGACUUUAAACAAAAGUUUAAUUAAUUAAUUAAUCUAGAUGUAAGUAUCAGGAAAUGAGAACAGAAUCUAUCUAAUCUAUCAUCUCAUGUUUAUCAAUCAUCCCAUCUUUUGAACAAAAACCCAGAUAUCUUUAUUUAUAUAACAAAAAAACCCAGAUAUCUUUAUUUGUAUAACAAAAAAAGGACUUUACUUGCCGUUCCAAUACUUUUGAAGGGGACUGUUUGUUAAGGUCAGGAAUGAUUGUGCAUAAACAUAUGCACACACCUACACAACACACUCAACAUGUAACUCAUCAGGUUUAGUUCACAUUGACGGAGGUGAUUUCACGCUUGAAAGUUUCAUUAAUUGUCUACCUCCAAUCUCACAUUUUUUAUGGUGCUUUAGGAAUAUCAGAUUUAAUAGAUCAAAAAAGCUAUAUGCGUCUCCUGUGGUUGAAAUGCCUUUGAAACAUGGAUUGUGCUGACAUCCAACAGGUGUCUGUAGAUGAAGUGCCUUUUAUACUUUGAAAGGGAAUAUUUUUGUAUAAACAGAAAAAUGAAAAAAGAAUGUCCUUUUUUAUACAGCCAUCUUGUCUAGAACAUUUUCGAUGUAUGCCUUGUGUCCAAAUCCUUGAAUUUCUGCUUAGAAAAGAGUGUUUUAUGUUUUCCUACUUUCUGCAGACUGAAAGCUAAACCCAUUCAUUGUUUUAUUACCUGUACUACUAAACAUGGUCUACAUACGACUCUCCAUUGCUCUAUAAGAAGAAUUAGAAUUGCAAAGUCUUCUGUUGGCAUGUGAGUAAGCCCUGUCUGACUGCACACUCAUUUGGCAUCGAAAAAAAUUUGCCUUUGACUCUAAAUAAAAAUGUCUGUGCACGAUUGAGAUUUUGCAUUGGAUCGUUCUAAUUGAAAUUCAGCACACUAAGCAAUUCCACUACAAGCAGCUCUUCAAGCUGCACCCAUGACCCUGAUUAGAAAUGUAUUUUAUUCUAUUUUUUUCUGAGUUUUUGUUUUACCCCAUCAAUUCUGACCAACUUAGACAUUUUGUGAACAGUUUUUGCUCACCAUAAGUUAGAGUUCAAGGCAUUUUUUUGUACUAUUUGUGUACAUUUUACGCUUCUGUGUUUGUGCUUUGUUUUACAAUAACCCAUGUGUGCUGUGACUGUACCCCUUCCCUCCAACAAUUACAGAAGAUUAUAGCUUUCCAUGUCUGUGAAUGUUUUCCAUUUUUUUCCAGUAUGUACAGUAUUAGGAAUGGAAUACCUCAUGUUGCAAACCAAGGAAUGUUUUUUUCUUUUUCUCCUGAAUUUGUGAACAGAUGGUUGAAGUCAAAAUCAAAAUCCUUCUCAUGUAUGUACCACCCCGAAUAUUCCUCAGCCAUUUCACCCUUUUAUUUACCUCUAAAUAAACAAAUGGGUGUUCAGUAAA